AUUAUCACAAACUGAAGACCCACUAAUCUUAAUCCUCCUAUAAAUAAUCUCCCUCACGCUCCCUCCUCUUUCCCCUUCCCCUCUCCUCCACCUUCUUCCUCCUGAUUUCGUGGGAAACUCUCUUACACACAUUUCUCCAAUUGCUUAUCAAAAGCCCUCCAAUUCAAUAACCCACCUCAGAAAUGGAGCCACCCAGGUUCGUAAUCGAAGCAUCCGAAGCCGAAUCGAUGGCCCAAAAAGCAGGGCUUACCCUUGUCGAGCUCCUCCCCACCCUCGUCAAGUCCGCUCAAUCCUUAGCUCGGCCACCCAUCUCCGACUACUACGUGGGUGCAGUGGGACUCGGAUCAUCGGGUCGGAUAUUCUUCGGAGCCAACCUUGAAUUCCCAGGUCUCCCUCUCCAUCAGUCUGUCCACGCCGAACAAUUCCUCAUCACUAAUCUUUUUCUCAAUGCCGAAUCUAAUCUCAAAUAUGUCGCCGUUUCUGCUGCUCCUUGUGGGCACUGCCGCCAAUUCUUUCAAGAAAUCCGCGACGCCCCUGAUAUCCAGAUCCUCAUCACCGGCGAUAGUAAUAAUACUAACAAUAACGAUCAAAGUAACGGAGAUAUUAAGAGGUUUGAUACUUUGUCAAACUUAUUACCGCAGAGAUUUGGACCGUACGAUCUUCUGGAUAAGAGUGUGCCGUUAGUUUUAGAAAAACAUAAUAAUCACAUGUCAUUGCAAAAUGAUGAUAUUAGUAAUAACAGUAAAAAGGUCCCGAAUGGGAUUAGUAUUUCUGUUUUUGAUGAUUUAAAGUUGGAAGCUCUGGAGGCUGCAAAUAGUUCUCAUGCACCCUACAGUAAGUGCCCAUCUGGGGUGGCAUUGAUGGAUUGUGAAGGGAAGGUUUAUAAAGGGUCCUACAUGGAGUCUGCCGCUUACAAUCCAAGUUUGGGGCCUGUGCAGGCGGCGAUUGUGGCGUAUUUGGUGGGUGGUGGUGGUGGGUAUGAGAAGAUUGUGGCAGCGGUGUUGGUGGAGAAAGAAGAGGCUGUGGUGAGACAGGAAUUCACUGCAAGGUUGCUUUUGCAAGUCAUUUCUCCCAGGUGUGAGUUUAAGGUGUUUCAUUGCAGCAGCUCAAAGUCUUAAUUGGAUCAAAAUCAUUCAUUUUUCGUUCUGGCUUAUGUAUAAUUAUUGUAUUGCUUCAGUAGUAAAAUUAUUGGCCUUGAAAAGCUGGAUAUGGAAUAUAGGCCAAAUUUAAACAAAAAAAGUAUGCUUAAUUGGCAUGCAAAUCGUACACAAAACAAGUUUGUCUCUUAGGUUUAAAUAAAGUUACUGCUCUCUUCUA